AUGAACAUGGCCACGUAUCAGGAUAUCAGGCCAGAUAUAGUCAAGAACGCUCGUUCCUUCGUUUGGCUUCGCAAGGGGGCCGGUGAAGAUGGUGUGGAUUACGACAAGCUGAUUGAGACUUUCGGUUGCCAACCUAUCACUGCCGCCCAGAUUGAGAGGAUGGAGCGCCUCACGGGCAAGCGUGCGCAUCGCUUCCUCCGGCGCGGACUUUUCUUCUCCCACAGGGACUUGGAUGCCCUCCUCGAUGCCUACGAGAAGGGGGAGCCCUUCUACAUCUAUACUGGCCGUGGGCCUUCCUCAGAAUCAUUGCAUCUGGGACAUCUGGUUCCUUUUCUUUUCACGAAAUGGUUGCAAGAGGCUUUUGAUGUGCCUCUGGUCAUCGAGCUCACUGAUGAUGAGAAGUUCCUCUUCAAGAAGGACCUGGGCAUCGAUGAGGCAAGGCGGCUGGCGUGGGAGAAUGCCAAAGACAUCGUCGCCUGUGGCUUUGAUCCAGCCAAAACCUUCAUCUUCCGCGACACGGACUACAUCGGCCAGCUUUACCCGGUGGCACUGCAGAUCCAGAAGAGGGUCACGCUCCGGACUGCGCAGAACACCUUCGGCUUCACGCUGAGUGACAACAUCGGCAAGUGUGCUUUCACUGCCAUACAGGCUUCUCCAUCCUUCGCCAUCUCGUUCCCCGAUUUCCUCAAGCCAGGGAUGCGCUGUUUCAUCCCGCAGGCUAUCGAUCAGGAUCCCUACUUCAGACUCUGCCGGCGCGUGGCCGACGAUUUGAAGUGGCCGAAGCCGGCAUUGAUCCAUUCGAAAUUCCUUCCGGCUUUGCAAGGCCACCAGACCAAGAUGUCUGCCUCUGUGGAGUCAACAGCCCUCUACAUGACUGAUACCCCGAAGAAGCUCCGGAAGAAGAUCAACAAGAACGCUUUCUCGGGCGGAGGGGCGACUCUAGAGGAGCAGCAAAAGUAUGGCGCCAACCUGGACAUUGAUGUUUCCUAUCAGUACCUGAAGAUUUGGCUUGAAGACGACGAGGAGCUGGAGCGCAUAGGCACUGAAUACAAGGCGGGUCGAAUGCUCACCGGCGAGGUGAAGAAACGCCUUGCAGAGGUGGUCGGCGAGAUUGUCGUCGAACACCAGGAAGCACGGAGCAAGGUCGACGACGAAGUCCUCAGGCGCUUCAUGGAUCCUGCCAGGGAGGAGCUGAAACAGUGGAGCGCAAAGAGCAAAGCCAAGGCUCUGGCAGCUGAAGGAGCCUAG